AUGGAUCCGCCACCAGUUUAUAUCUCCUCUUCUGGUGAGGAAGACGACAACAAUAUAAAAUGUCCUAUUUGCUGCCUUGAUAUCUCUUUUCUUACUCUGGAAGAGAGAUCAGAUCACGUUCUUGAGUGUGUUGAAAGCCCCAAGAAGUUCGUUUACAAGUCUUUAAAAAAGACAAGAGCAGCCGCACCCAAAGUGAAAAAUGCCCCCAGACCUAAGAAGGAAAAGCCCGAAAUACCGGCAGUUAAGAUUUUGAAAUUCUCAGGCUUGGAUAUUGCAGUUGAUGCUUUUUGCUAUAGGUUUAAUCCUGAAAUUUCUCAUUAUUUUUUAAGCCACUUUCAUUCAGACCACUAUGGCGGAUUGUGCAAGAGCUGGAACCAUGGCACAAUAUACUGUUCCAAACUGACCAAAAUAUUGGCAGUCACAAAACUAAAGGUGAAUCCUGAUAUUAUCGUUGCUUUGGAUUACGAAAUGGAAUAUUCUAUUGCCAAUGGUCUGAAGGUUAUCUGUGUGGAUGCCAAUCAUUGUCCUGGGUCUCAGAUCUUUCUCUUCAAAACAGCCAUAAAAGAAGAGACCACCUUGCAUUGUGGAGACUUUAGAGUUAACCUGAAUAUGCUGAGCCAUCCUUUGUUGCAGUGCAAGGUGUACCGAUGUUAUUUGGACACAACGUACCUGGAUCCAGUGUAUUCGUUUCCAGACCAAACUCAGGUUAUACAGACCACGGCACGCUAUAUCAAGUCUCUUCAUGAUCCAGAGACUCAUAAGGCUGUCAAGAUUCAAAGAAGGAUUACGGACUUCUUUUUGCCGCCGCGAAAUAUCCAUUAUCCGUUUCUCAUAGUGGUGGGCACAUACACCAUUGGCAAGGAAAGACUGGCCGUUGAGAUAGCGAGGUCUCUGGGGACAAAAAUGUAUGCUUCAGCCGAGAAGCUUCAGAUAUUGAAGCAUAUGCAUGAAUCAGAAACAUCGUGGGAGUUUUUGAAGGAUUUGCUGAGCAGUAAUCCGUUUGAGUGCCAAGUGCACUUGGUGUCUCUGAACAAGUUUGCGGAUCUGGUGUCUUACUUUGACCAGUUCAGCUCGAAAUUCGAAAAGAUAAUAGGAAUAAAGCCCACUGGAUGGACAUAUAGAUCCACAAAGUCGUCCAAAUGGAUACGUGAUGCUAAAGACGAUAAUGAGAUACUAAAGACUAUUGUUGGCACCAAGGAAGAGAUUACCGUGAAGAACUUGGAGGCCCAGUUCAAGACCAGCAAUUUGGCCCAGGUAUAUUCGGUUCCUUACUCUGAGCAUUCCAGCUUCAGGGAAUUGGCAUAUUUCAUGGGCUGUCUUGACAUAGAGAAGGUGAUUCCCACGGUGAACUUACACAAUAUGGCAUAUCUGGAGAGGUGGAUAGGAUGUAUCCAGAGUUUUGAAAAGAUGGAUAUUGCCAAAUUUUAA